CUGUUGAAUAUCUUUUGACCUAUGAUAGUGCACAAUAGCAGCCAGAGUGAGUUGAGUGACGAUUUGGUCCGGUUGAGUUAAACAAAACUGUGUUGAUCACAUGUGUGUUCCUGAUAAUACCUUAAUCUCACGGAGGUGUUGGUGAUGAACCGGUUUACUUUGACCGAGUUCACAAAUAUGCGCGUCACUGUUAGCCCGGUCAGAGAGGAGACCAUGCCAGUGGCCUGUGGUCCUCUCGGUCUUGUUCUCAUGGGUCAGAAGAGAAACAGCCCCUGGCAUUCCCAGCCUUUGGUCUUCACAAGUGGCCGUUUGUUUUUGAAAUAGCUGCAGCUAAUAGCAAGCAUCUAAAAAAAGAGUUAGCCUGUGGCUAGGGCUAACACUCCUGUGCAAUUUAUGAGACCUGGAAACCCUCUGCUUAGCUUGGCAGCCUCUUUGAUGUUGGCAGCUAGCUGAGCGAGAGAGAGAGAGAGAGAGAGAAAAGAGAGAGAGGUGAAUUUAUAGAUGGCGACACUGACAAAGAGAGAGAGAAAGAGAGGGAGAGGUGAAUUUAUAGAUGAGAGAAAGAGAGAGAGAGUGAGAGAGAGAGAGAGAGAGAGCCUGGGAUAGACUGCAGUAGAGUGGUGGGAUGGACGGCACUCCCGUUAAAGGUGGAGUCGGAUUUCUCUUGAUUGUUUCCCAACAAGCGGAAAGGUUGGGAGCGCGUCAACUAGAGGGGGAGGAAAAAAGGCAGCUGAAGGAGACAGCCCCAGAGACUGGCACACCUCUCCCCGCCACUCACUAAGGGACUCGCUCAGCCAGAGAAACACACACGCCUCAACGCAAACGUACCACCGCCUGCAGAGAUGCCUCGUCAGUUCCCGAAGAUCGCGCUGAGCGAGGUGGACGAGAAGGUGCGCCUGCUGGCGGAGCGGGUGUACGCGUCGGCGCUGAAGGAGGAGGACAUCAAGGACACGCUGUCCAUGUUCACCGUGCCCGAGGACUGCCCCAUCGGCCUGCACCAGGCCAAGGAGCACGAGAUCCUCAAGGAGAUGGCCGAGCAGCACUCCGAGCUCAGCGCCAAGAGAAAGAAGAAUCUGAUGCUGCGGCGCUCCCAGUCCAUGUCCCAGCAGUUCCCCAGUAACGUGUGCCCAGACUGGGCCUUCUCCGUCAUCUCGCCCCUCCUCUCCCCGACCGACACCACGGAUGGCAAGAAGCACAAGAGUGUCCCAGAGUUCCAGAGGGUCACCAUCAGUGGAGACUACUGUGCAGGGGUCACGGUGGAGGACUACGAGCAGGCCGCCAGGAGUCUGCUGAAGGCGCUGGUGAUCCGGGAGAAGUACUCCAAGCUGGCGUACCACCGCUUCCCCCGAACCACCUCCCGCUUCCUGCGCAACGCCAGCGACGACACGUGGAGCGAGGAGGACGAGGUCCUGCCAGACAUCUGCCCCUGCCCCGGUGAGGGGGAGGACCCGUACUCCAUGGAGGACGUCCCGCAGGACCUGAACUACGAGCUGAAGAUGAAGGACGGCAUCAUCUACGUGUACGACGACGGCGAGGCGCUGAAGCAGGAGCGACCGCGCAGCCUGCCCUACCCCGACCUGGAGACCUUCGCCAUCGACCUCAGCCACGUGCUCGCCAUGAUCGCCGACGGGCCCACGAAGACCUACUGCCAUAGACGUCUAAACUUCUUGGCCUCCAAGUUCUACCUCCAUGAGAUGCUGAAUGAGAUGGCGGAGCUGAAGGAAUUGAAGGGCGUUCCUCACCGAGAUUUCUACAACGUCCGAAAGGUGGACACCCACAUCCAUGCAGCUGCCUGCAUGAACCAGAAGCACCUGCUGCGCUUCAUCCAGACGACGUGUAAGACGGAGGCUGAGCGAGUGGUGACGGAGAAGAACGGCCAGAAGAUCACGCUGAAGCAGGUGUUCCAGAACCUCGCCAUGGACCCGUACGACCUCACAGUGGACUCACUGGACGUGCACGCGGGAAGACAAACUUUCCACAGAUUUGACAAAUUCAACUCCAAGUACAACCCUGUUGGAGCCAGUGAGCUUAGAGAGAUCUACCUGAAAACAGACAACUACAUUGAUGGAGAGUACUUUGCACGGAUCAUUAAGGAGGUGUCUCAUGAUCUGGAGGAGAGUAAGUACCAGUAUGCUGAGCCCCGCCUCUCCAUCUACGGCCGCUCCCCGGACGAGUGGGAGAAUCUGGCCAAGUGGUUCAUCCAGCACAAGGUCCACUCGCCCAACAUGCGCUGGAUCAUCCAAGUGCCCAGGAUCUAUGAUAUUUUCAGAUCAAGGAAAAUAGUUCCCAACUUUGCAAAGAUGCUGGAAAACAUCUUCCUGCCGCUGUUUGAAGCCACCGUCAAUCCUCAGCAACACAAGGAGAUGCACGUAUUCCUGAAAUAUGUAACUGGCUUUGACAGUGUGGACGACGAGUCCAAGCACAGCGAUCACAUGUUCUCUUACAAAAGCCCCAAACCAGAGCAGUGGACCACAGACGACAACCCACCCUACAGCUACUACCUUUUCCACAUGUACGCCAACAUCAUGGUGCUCAACAACCUCCGCAAGGAGCGUGGGCUGAGCACCUUCCAGUUCCGGCCGCAUUGUGGCGAGGCCGGGUCCAUCACCCACCUGGUGUCCGCCUUCCUCACCGCCGACAACAUCUCGCACGGACUCAACCUCAAGAAGAGUCCCGUGCUGCAGUACCUGUACUACCUGGCGCAGGUGCCCAUCGCCAUGUCACCCCUGAGCAACAACAGCCUGUUCCUAGAGUACUCCAAGAACCCGCUCCGAGAGUUCCUCCAGAAAGGCCUGUCUGUGUCCCUGUCUACCGACGACCCCAUGCAGUUCCACUACACCAAGGAAGCACUGAUGGAGGAGUACGCCAUCGCAGCCCAGCUCUGGAAGCUCAGCACCUGUGACGUGUGUGAGAUCGCCAGGAACAGCGUACUGCAGAGUGGCCUCUCACACCAGGACAAGAAGCACUUCCUGGGCGAGGACUACCUGGAGGACGGGCCUGAGGGCAAUGACAUCAGACGGACCAACGUGGCGCAGAUCCGCAUGGCGUACCGCCACGAGACGCUGUGCAACGAGCUCUGCUUCCUGGUGGAGGCGGUCAAGGCGGAGGACCAGGCGGCGGACCAGGCGGCGGCCCAGUGACCACCGCGGUGACCUGAGGG